AUGGAGCAGACUGUAUGGUCAUCGGUUGAACUGAUAAAUGUUGUUUUGGAGAGUGUCGUGGAAAACUGCAGGAUACUAGUGGAAGACCAGACUGUGCAGCAAUUAGUGAAAUCCCGGACAAAAUAUGACCUAGUGCUAGUAGAGGCGUUCAUGAGUGACUGUGCCCUAGGAGUAGCUUACAAAUUGGAAGCCCCGGUGAAAUUAAAAGAGUUCAUAGAACAAUCGGAACACGGAGUUGUAUACGUAAGUUUUGGUUCAAUGGUACAGUCGACAAGCCUGCCGAAGCAUAAACUAGAGGCCAUAGUUGCAGCGCUGUCGGAGCUACCUCAACGAGUUGUCUUUAAAUGGGAAGCGGAACAAUUGCCUGGGAAUCCGAAGAACAUUUACGUGUCGAAGUGGUUACCGCAAAAUGAUAUUUUAGCUCAUCCCAAUGUCGUGGCGUUCUACUCCCAUGGCGGGCUCCUGGGUUCGACAGAAGCCAUACACCACGGCGUCCCCGUGGUUCUCACUCCAGUAUUCGCGGAACAACCGCUGAACUCUAUGGCUUUGGAAAGGAAGGGAUUUGGCGUUUGGAUGCCCUAUGAUGAACUUACCAAAGACGCGCUGCUUGAAAAAUUUAGGACCGUUUUGGAUCCAGAGUUCAGAAGAAGAGCAAAGGAAAUCUCCAGGGAAUGGCACGACCGACCCAUGUCGCCGAUGGACACCGCCAUCUAUUGGACGGAGUACGCGGUCCGCCAUCCAAAUUCCACGCUUCGAACAGCGGCAGUAGGCAAACCUUACUACCAACUUUUGGAAUUGGAUGUCCUAUUAACUAUUUUUAUUAUUUUGUUUAUUAAUCUGUAUGCGUUUGUUUUCGCAAUUAAAUACUUGGUAUUUGGAAAGAUAACGAAAUCAAAGAAGGAUUAA